AUGACAAUAACAGUACUUAAUAUCUCGCUAGCAUUCAUCUUCUCCCUACUAGGGACCCUGAUAUUUCGAUCCCACCUCAUAUCAACCCUCUUAUGCCUAGAGGGCAUGAUACUAACCCUAUUUAUCAUAACAGCCAUCACCUCAUUAAACUCACACUCAAUAAUUAUGUACCCUAUUCCCAUUGUAAUCCUAGUCUUUGCUGCAUGUGAAGCAGCUGUGGGUCUAGCCCUCCUAGUAAAGGUCUCCAACACAUACGGAACAGACUAUGUACAAAAUCUCAACCUACUACAAUGCUAA